GUGACGGUGUAGUAGUUCCGGGAAAAUGGCGGCCCGCUGAGAGAGGGCAACGUUUGGUGUUUGUAGGAGAAACCACGAGCCGUAGCUUUGCGUGAAAUGUUCGUGGCUGUGUUGUGGAGGCGGCGCGUCUGUCAGGCGUUGGUCCGCGGCAGCAGAAGCUACGGGAAGCUGCAUCCGUCUGCCUGUCAGACCCAGCGCUUGCGGAUCUUACAGUCUCUCUGUGAUCGGCUUGCGACUGAAGCUGCUGAGGAGCACAAGGCAUCGAGAGCGGAUCUGACCAUCCGAUUGGCUGACGGCCGGACGGUCAAAGGGUCAGCUGGUGUGACCUCGCCGUUACAGAUCGCCAAGAGUGAACGUGUUAAAGGUGCAGUGGCGAGCAGAGUGAAUGGAGCUCUGUGGGACCUAAGUCGCCCUCUUGUGGAGGACUGUGAACUGCAGCUGCUGGGUUUUGACUCGCUGGAGGGGAGACAGGUGGUGUGGCGCACCGGAGCGUGUGUGUUAGCGAGUGUGAUGGAGAAUCUCUUCAGCGCUCGCGUGUGUCGAGAGGGAGUCUCUGACACGGGCCUGUACUGUGAUUACCAGCUCCAAAACAACGCUCUCUCUCUGUUGGACGUGGAGCAGAGGUGUAAGCAGAUGGCAGCUGGGAAGAUUCCCGUCAUCAAGCUCGAGGCCACGGUACAGGACCUGAAAGAGAUCUUCCAGGAUGAUGCUGUCAGGCUGCGGCUGGCUGAAGAGCAGAUGAUGGGAGACACGCUCAGUGUCUACAGGUGUGGAGACAGUGUGGGUGUGUGUUCAGGUGUUCUUCUGCCGCACACGGGCUUCCUCAAGGCCUUUAAGAUGCUCCAGGUGUCUCCUGUAACUCUGUCCGGUUCAACAGAGCCGUCCGGUAUCCUCAGGAUGAUCGGCGUUGCGUUUCCAGGAGAGAGCGAGCGAGAGGAAUGGGAGAAAGAACAGGAGGAGGCCAGAACGAGAGACCACCGGAGAAUCGGGAAGGCGCAGGAGCUCUUCUUCUUUCAUGAUGUCAGUCCUGGCAGCUGUUUCUUCAUGCCUAAAGGAGCUCAUAUAUACAACACGCUCACUGACUUUAUAAAGAGUGAGUACAGGAGGCGGGGCUUCAGCGAGGUCGUGACCCCGACGCUGUACAGCACGUCUCUGUGGGAGCGAUCGGGUCACUGGGAGCACUACAGUGAGAACAUGUUCACGGUGACCUGUGAGCCACACACCUUCGCUCUCAAACCCAUGAACUGUCCCGCGCACUGUCUGAUGUUCGAGCAGCGGGUGCGAUCCUGGCGAGAGCUACCCAUCCGCUGGGCAGAUUUUGGCGCGCUGCACCGUAACGAACACUCGGGAGCUCUGGGGGGUUUAACCAGAGUCCGGCGCUUCUGCCAGGACGACGCGCACAUCUUCUGCACACCUGAACAGCUGGAGGAGGAGAUCACGGCGUGUUUGGACUUCGUGAGGGGCGUGUAUCGUGUCUUCGGUUUCUCCUUCCACUGUCUGCUCUCCACGCGGCCCGUGCCCUGUCUGGGAGAGCCGGCCCUCUGGGACGCUGCAGAGCAGCAGUUGGAGAGCAGUCUCAAGCGGUUUGAGGAGCACUGGGAGCUGAAUCCCGGAGACGGGGCGUUUUAUGGACCAAAGAUCGACAUCCAGAUCCGAGACGCUCUCGGCCGACAGCACCAGUGUGCCACGAUCCAGCUGGACUUCCAGCUGCCCAUCAGAUUCAGCCUGCAGUAUACUGGGGCUGAUGGACAGAUGUACAGGCCGAUCAUGAUCCACCGGGCCGUGCUGGGGUCCCUGGAGAGGAUGAUCGCUAUCCUGGCCGAAAACUUCAGAGGGAAAUGGCCUUUCUGGUUGUCGCCAGCGCAGGUGAUGGUCGUGCCUGUAGGGGGCGGCAGUGAGACUUACGGACAAGAGGUGGUCUGCAGACUGAGGGAAGCUGGAUUCAUGGCUGAUAUUGAUGAUGAUCGUGGAAGCACCUUAAAUAAGAAAAUCCGCUCGGCGCAGCUCGCACAGUACAAUUAUAUAUUCGUGGUGGGAGAGAAGGAGUGUGCGAGCGGGACUGUGAGCGUGCGGACGAGAGCAGGGAAGCAGCUCGGCCAGAAAUCACUGCAGGAAGUGAUGUGCUCCCUGACUGAACUCAGACAGACACGCAGCAAUCAGGAGGAGCUUUAAACGCUCGCGUGAGGAAGAGAUACGACUCUGAACACACUGACACACACCACGGCAGAACCAGAGCCCUGCUCAGACUUCAUAAGUGCUGUUAUCAGCUUCAUCAGAUCCCUGUUGAGUUCUACAGAAACACAAACACAUCCAUUAAUGCUGCCGCUGCAUUAAU